GCUUUUUGUUGUUGCCGAGAAGAUCGGCUUUUUGUUGCCCAAGGAUCAGGAAAGCGGAAGAUGCAGUGAGUGGAGUAGCAGUGGGUUAAAUAAUCAAGUUACCAAAUGUCUGAUGCUCAACCUAGACGAUCACGUGCCAGCAGCACUAGCAGUGGCCGUUUACCGGCUCCGCCGCCAGUGGGUCUGCCCCAGCCACAGGCACAGCCACUUGAGGCGCCAAAGAUCAUCGUUAUCCAUCCGGGAUCUCAGCACUUGAGGAUUGGAAGGGCGGCCGACCUCAAUCCCCUGACCAUUCUCCAUGCAGUGGCUUACAGACGGAGGCAAGUGGACGGCGAUCGACCAUACCAUGACCCCCUCCUUCCGCCUUUGGACAACGUCAAUACCGCCAUGAUGGUGGAGUUUGAAGAGCAACGUCUUGCAGUGUCACGCAUCUUGCAGCACUGCGUUGUCGAUGAAAAGAAACGCCUGCGGGUGGCCACUCCGCCGCAGCAACUGGCCCACUUCAACCGGAGCAGUCAGGCUGAGAAGGUGCCGCAACCAAGUAAUCAAUCAUCAGAGGACCAGCAGCCCUGGUUGGAUCGCGAGGCAUCCGUCCUUUUUGACGACAAGAUCCUGCGUCUCGGCGCCUUGGAUGCUCGCGACUACGACAUCCAUUUUCCCAUGCAAAGGGGCGAAUUAAAUGUGCACAAGGAGAAGGGCGGCUCGCUGCAGGCCAGCCUGCAGCAUUUGGAACGCAUCUGGUCGUUUGCUCUUGAGACUCGCCUUAAGAUCCCUCUGCGGGAACUGGGCAGCCACUGUGCCGUUUUGGUGGUCAACGAUGUGUAUGUGCGACGAUACUUGCGUGAGUUCAUGACCCUCCUGCUGCAACGCCUUGGCUUCAGGCGUUGCUUUCUCGUCCAGGACAGCGUGGCCUCUACGUAUGGCGCCGGCGUUGGCUACGGCUGUGUUGUGGACAUUGGUGCCCAGAAAACCUCUAUAGCCUGCAUCGAAGACGGUAUUUCCCAACUGGAUGCGAGAGUAAGAUUGCCCUAUGGCGGCGGCGACCUGGACCAAGUUCUUCUCCUGCUUCUGCGUAAGUGCGGCUUUCCUUAUCGAGAGUGCAAUGUCCAAGAAAGCUAUGUGGAUGCUCAUCUGUUAGAUGAACUAAAGGAAAAGUUCUGCCACCUAAAUGUUAGCGUUUGUGGAGCCCAGGAGAAACAUUUUAACAUACGCAAACAGAACGGCCAAUGGUUGCGCUACACCAUCCAAGUGGGCGAUGAAGCCAUAAUGGCACCACUGGCCCUCUUCCACACGGAGCUACUGAACAUCACAGGCCGGACAAGAGUGGUUUGCACGCAACAGGCGGCACAGGAUCAGUACGACUGCGAGGACUGUUUCGAUGCGGAGUAUUUAAAGGAGACUGGUCGUAAAAACGGGGUAAGGGGUGGCGAAACAUUGUCCCUGACUUCUGGUCCAGGAUCACUGCCACGCCCCCAGCUGCCCGUGACCGCAGACGAUGAAGAACUCAUUGUGGUGGAUCAGGACGAAGCCAACAGCAACUGCCAGCCGCAACAGGUGCCGCAGACAGCCGAAAGACAUCUGAACUACCACAACGGCCACGGUCAGGUAUUGCCCUUGGACCAGGCCGUAAUCCAAGCCAUUAACCGGUUAACCAGCUAUGAGACCAAGCGCAAGAUGUUUGGCUCCAUUCUGCUUGUGGGCAGCAGUGCCAAACUGCCGGGACUAGCCGCCUGGCUGGAGCAUCGGAUUAGCCAACAAAUCCAGCCCACAGGGACCGAGGUGAAUGUGUUCACCAAGGGCAUGGACGCGGGUAUGGUGGCAUGGAAGGGAGCUGCCAUUAUGUCCGUGCUAGAAAGUGCCCGAGAGCUGUGGAUAUCGCAGCACGAUUGGCAGCGCUAUGGACUACGGAUACUUCGCGAGAGAUCGCCCUUCCUCUGGUGAGAUGACCAAUCCAUUGCAUUUCGAAUAUUUUUAGGGAAUUUGUAAUUUUAAAUAAUAGUGACUAAUAGACGAAAGGAAGUUUUUAAUGUCAUAGCAGUAGGCUAAAUUGCCGACCAAAGCAUUAACGAUUAUUACAACCAAUUGUCCUCAAGGAAACACUUAAGAUUAUGUCAUAAAAAAAGUGUACGUAUUUAUUUAAAGGCACAUUAAACAGGCACCUGAGCCUGUUUUUGUUUCGAUUGUUUUAUAUUUGGAAGUAUAAUAUUAUGUAUCAAAGAUAAGCUAAACAAAUUUAGAGCCUAGAGAUAAGCUCCAUAUAAGCAAAAAGUUAAUGAUUAAAACAAAACAAAGAAUAAAGCUAUUGUUAUUGCUUUA